AUUUAUUAGAACAAAUAUUUUAAGUAAUGUUAUUGUGGCUUGAUUAUUAGGAAUGUCUUCACUUAUUUUUAAAAGAGUUAUUAACAAUAGUUUUCUUACAUAUGGUGUCCCAAGGUAUCUUGCAAGCAAAGUAGUGAAACAAACAAAUGGUCCCAGAGUUGCCCUUUCAACAGCAUCAGUAAAUGCUAAUAAAGACAUACUGCACAUAACUGAUGCAUGUGUAAAGCAAUUAAAGAAAGUUGCAACACCAGAUGAAUUCCUUAGAAUAUCCGUUGAAGGAGGAGGUUGUUCUGGUUUUACUUAUAAGUUUGAACUUGAUGAUAAUAUCAUGGAGGAUGACAAAAGUUACGAGCGAGACGGGGUCAAAGUUGUAACCGACGAUGGAUCGUUAGAAUUAAUAAAAGGAUCGUAUAUUGAUUAUCAAGAAGAAUUGAUAAAAAGUUCAUUCCGAGUUUCCGACAAUCCUCAAUCGAAUACAAACUGUUCAUGCGGUGUCUCGUUUUCAGUGGAAUUAUAAAACAACCUUAAUCUUUUCAA